CCGGAAAUCCGGAAGUAGGCGGAAUAGGAUCUAAACCUGAAAUCAGCUUUUUUUGGAUGAAGAUUAUGUAUGAUGAGAGGUAAAAUAACAAUAGAUGUUAAAAGAUUCAUGCAACUUAACUAUUUGGCGACUGGGACAAUUUAUUCCGCUUUCAGUUUUGAAGGCUUUCAAUGUUUCUUACUGAAAUUCCCUACAUGUAUGUUUACAAUGAUCUGAUGAGUGAGCUUCAAGGCCAGGAUGCCACUAAGGAAUUGUAGAGACACAUGUUGCCAAGAAGUGGUUUGCUUUGCAGUAUUUUGCAGAAUUAUUACACUUCUGCUUCAGGCCCUUUUCAAUCUCCUGAUUCCCGACCAUGCCGCAGAUGCCUUCUCUCCUCCCCGCCUGUCUGACCCUGGGUUCUGGGACCAACUGCUGGAAUGGUUCCUGGGAGGCCUCUCCCAUUGGGAUGCAGAGCACUUCUUGUUCAUAGCUGAGCAUGGCUACGUAUAUGAGCACAACUGUGCCUUCUUCCCCCUUUUCCCCCUGACCCUAAAAGUGGUUGCAAACAUUAUCUUCUGGCCGUUCCAAGGCUUUCUCUGUUUCCGGAGCUGUCUGCUCCUAUCUGCAGUUCUCCUCAAUGCUGUUUUUUCUGUUCUAGCCUCUUGGACUCUGUAUGAGCUCAGCUGCGCAGUCCUGCGGUGCCAAAGGAGGGCUUUUCUGUCCGCCAUCCUCUUCUGCCUCACUCCAGCUAACAUCUUCAUGGCAGCAGCUUACUCAGAAAGCAUGUUUGCCUUCCUAGUGCUUGCUGCCUUGUGGAGGCUAGAGAAAGGGCAUCAUUGGGUUAGCCUUCUUCUCUUUUCAUUAGCCACCGGAGUACGUUCCAAUGGGCUAAUUAAUGCAGGAUUCCUCAUUUAUUCCCAGGCAAAACUCUUUGCUUUUAGCUUUCAAGCAAGUGAAAACGUGUCGUGGAAGAAAGGGCAGUUUCUAAAACUAGCUGCUGUUUUGGUGCUGAUGACUGCCUCUGUGGCUUUACCUUUUGCUUUGUUUCAGUAUUACACCUACCUUAAGUUCUGCCAUCCCAAUAUUGGCCUGGGAUAUGCUAUUCCAAAGCCGCUGUUGCAGUUGGCUGAAUCCAAGGGGUAUCGUGUAGCAGCUUCAGAGGGUGGGAAGCCCCCAUGGUGUUCCUGGAACUUUCCUGUGCUCUAUACCUAUAUACAAGAUACCUACUGGAAUGUCGGCUUCCUCCGAUACUUUGAACUCAAACAGAUCCCAAACUUUCUGCUAGCUUCUCCUGUUAUUGUGUUGGGCUCUUGGGCAAUCUGGUCGUAUGUCACUGCCAACCCCUGGCACUGUCUAACCCUUGGUCUGAUGAGAAGGAAGAGCGCAGGCAUGAAAGACCAUGACUCACACAAGCCAGCAGAGGGUUUUUGUUCUCCUGGUGUAUUAGUCUAUGUGGUCCAUGCAGCAGCUCUGUUGGUGUUUGGGACCUUUUUCAUGCACGUCCAGGUUCUUACCAGGUUUCUGGGUUCAUCUUCUCCAGUCCUUUAUUGGUUCUGUGCUCAUCUGCUCUAUGACAAUGAACCUUUGCUGCAUGAUGGAGGUUCCCCAUCCAAGCAUAGAGAAUUCCUUGCUGAGAAACCCUCAGUGGAUAAUUUCUUUUCUACCUGCAGUAGACAUGAAAACCCCAUGUUGAUGCUUCUGAGCAAAUGGAAGCAGAGCAGGAUUCUCACAAAAUGUAUUUUGGGAUAUAUACUUUUCUACUGGCUGCUGGGGUUGAUCCUUCACUGUAAUUUCUUUCCUUGGACAUAACCAUUUUGAAUCUACUGGCUGAACAGGCUGAACAUUUUUCACCGAUCCUUUCUUCUGUACACUUGGUAACAUUUACUGCUAAUAAUUGAAGGUGCAGGAUUGAUUAUCUGAAAGCGGCAGUAAACUCAACCAGUGAAAGUAGCAAAAAUAUAACACCGGGUAGUAGAAUACUUACAUGCGACGUUGCAGUCAAAAAUAUCCUUUCUCAAAAUAAUCUAUCUCAUUCAAAAUAAACAACAAC